AUUGCCAAUUUUCAUCUAAAAAAGACGCGAUUAAUUUUUUUUUUUUUUUGCACGCAACUUCUCGUGAUUUGAUAAACUCACAAAUAAUAAAAUCAAUCUAACCUAAAAUUUAAAUAUAAAAAAUAUAUUCGGUUUAAACAACAUUUAAAUUGUUAUUAUUUUUUUAUAAAUUUUUAUAGAUAUAUAUUUUAAUAACAUCAGCUAAUUUAUAUCAAAAAUAAAAUAUAUAUUUAAAGUUCAUCAUCAAACAAGUGGUAGUUUAUAUUUUUAAAAUAAAAUUUUUCUUUUUGGAGUGUUUAUUUGGUGUGUUUAUUAUUGAUGGCUUUGAAGAAAUUAUAAUGACAAAGUGUUGACAAUUGUUGUUAUACUAUUAGGAUUGUAUUGAAUUUAAUUUUAAAUAUUAUUAAAUCAUGGCCAAUAUUGCUGCUCAACGUAUCAAACGCGAAUUCAAAGAGGUUAUAAAAUCAGAAGAGGUUGCUAAAUGUGCAAUACGAGUCGAAUUGGUAAAUGACAGUUUCACAGAACUCAAAGGAGAAAUUGCUGGACCACCUGAUACACCAUAUGAAGGUGGUAAUUUUGUUCUUGAAAUAAAAGUACCAGAAACUUAUCCAUUUAAUCCACCAAAGGUGAGAUUCAUCACCAAGAUAUGGCAUCCAAAUAUAUCCUCAGUAACUGGAGCAAUCUGUCUGGAUAUUCUCAAAGAUCAAUGGGCAGCAGCAAUGACUCUACGUACAGUAUUGCUUUCCCUUCAAGCUUUGCUAUCAGCAGCAGAACCAGAUGAUCCACAAGAUGCUGUUGUAGCAAGACAAUUCAAAGAACAUCCUGAUUUAUUUCGUCAAACUGCUAAACACUGGACAUCUGCUUAUGCUGGUGGUCCAGCUAAAAUGCCAGAACUUAAUGAUAAAAUAAGACGACUGACUGAUAUGGGUAUUGAGGAACACAAUGCAAGAGUAGCACUUUCAUCUUUCAAUUGGGAUUUGGAACGUGCCACUGAACAACUUUUUAUGAGUUAAUCCUUUGGUGCACCAUAUGCAUCAGGCAUUCUUUCAAUUGAAUAACGAUGCUGAGCUACAAACAUUAUUGGUACACCUGGAAUUUUUCUAAUUCUUCUCUUUAAAUCUUUGUCAUUUGUUGCAACAAUGUAACACUUGUGUUGUGUAACACGAUCAACAAGACAAUCAUCAGCAUAAGUACCUUUGUGCAGACAAUGAAGACGUUCAAAUCUUGGAUCUUUUAUUAUUUUCAAUGCAAUUUUAUAUUUCUGUCCUAGCUUCUCUAAUUCACCAAGUACACAAUCAGUUAUGUAUGGUAUACACUUUGCAAAUAGACACUCCAUCAUAUUUUCAACAAUGUCCAAUUUAUUUUUUAUUGAAAAAUUUAUGAAAUUUGUAUCAAUUAAAACGUGAUAUGGUGGUCCUAAUUGUGUAUUAUAUUGAAAAAAUAAUGCUGAUGAUUGUUGUGCUCUAAAAAUUAAAUAUAAAUUAAUUAUUUUUUUGUUUUUAAAUGAAUGACUUAUUUUCUAAUAAUAAACAACUUACACUCGUUUUGUUAUUAAUUCA